UAUGGCAAAGUGACAGUUCUUCAAUGUUUUGAUUUUCACUUAACCCAAAAUCGUGUCAUCCACCGAAGAAUCUGCCACACAGUUCCCACCGACCAUGGCCAGCACCACCCUGCCCGAUUGCCACUGGGAGCUGUGCCGCCGGUUUAUGGCCCGCUACCAGCACCUGUUCCGCGAGGGUCAAGUGGCCACCCUGGCCCACUUUUUCGCAAACACCCAGCUGGCGAUAAGUGGCCACGCGCACCAGACCGGGCAGCUCUUGCUGGAGCUGGUGCGGGAUCAAGCGGAAGUGAAGCUCGAAGUCGAAAACGUUGAGAAUGGGGUGGGUGAGGAGGCUGAGCUGGAAUCGGUGCCAACCGAGGUGACCAUCCAGCAGGAAGCGAGCGAGGACGGAGAAUGUGCUGCGAGGAAGGAGGUCGAAGUCGAAGAACCAUCAAAAUCUACUCAAAUUGCCACAGAGAAUGCGGAAACAUUAGUCUCAGCAGGUUGUUCGGAAAUCACCUCUAUGGAACUGUCUUCAAAUUUAAGAUUAAACGACCCGCCUUUGGUUAAACCACCCGCAAUGGAACCGAUGAGGCACGAGUCGGACGCGGAAAUCAUUGCCAAACUAACUUUUUUCAAGCCUGCUCGGUACAUUCGUAGUCUCGAAAAUUUGUAUCGUAAUUUGGUGAUUUUUGACACAGACUUUGACAAAACCAUCAACGAAUUAAAUCGGCUGGGAUCGGGUACGUUGUUUAUCGCCGGCCAUGAACUGCAAGCCGGACAAUGCCGUGGUAUGGUUUGCUUGCGUGAAACGGUUCUGGCGGACGCUUGUGGCAUCACUGUUCAACGAGCGAAGGGGAAAGCGAAAGAGGAGUUUCUCAGGAAUAUGAAAGCUUUUUGCUAUCAGAUUGUGUCUAAGAAACCAACUUUACCACCAAUCCAAAUCGCGCGGUUGUGGGACCCUGCUACAAACAUUGAGUACUACAAAUCCAUUAUGCAAAAGUUUACAGAAGAGAAAACUCAGCGAGAAUUGAUAUUUAGCGAAGAGUUCACCGAGAAUGAGCAAGACAUUUUACAACGGAUUGCUUACGAACUGAAUCUGGAAACGAGUUACGUUAGACGGGCGCACAGCAGACCACAGCUAAAAGUUCGAGCUCGAGCAGCUCCUGCCUUGGCGAUCGUGGAGCAGAUAGUUGUCCAUAAAGAUCCAAAACUGAACGAGCUGUACGAUGUGUUUCCACCGAGGGGGCGAAGCCGACGCUGGUAGUUUAUGGCUUAUAUUUUUGCUUUUGGUUUUUUUGCGAAUUUUUACGCAAACUUAAUUGUUGAACUUAUCGCAGUGGUGUAUGUUAUAAGCUGAUAUUCAAUUUAUACAGUUUCGAUAAAGCUUUUUUCUUGACAAUAAUAAACAUGUUAAAGCGGGGAUGCAAAUCUGAA